GUGUGACACAAUGUCCUCGGCACUGAUAAGAUUUUAAACUAAUAUACCUGGGUUUUCCCUCUUCAUACCUGUCCGAUUUGGUCGACUGACUACAAUACGAUUACACUGAAUGGGAAAAUACGUACUAUUUACUUUAUUCAUAAAAUAGACCGACACCGUGCAAGCAGUUGGACAUACAUACAGUUUGUGGAAGUUCUAGAGUUUAACGAGAUUAGAAUAAUGGCUGCCGAGAAGAGGAAGAUGUACGAGAACUUUUUUGACAAGACGGAUGCAAUGGGAGAAAAGGACGGCAAUGUCUCCAUCAUGGAGCUGAAGAAAAUGUUAGUGAAAGAACUGGGCCAGAACAAAACUGAUCGGGAAAUUGCGGAGAUGUUCCGUGAUAUUGAUAAGAAUGGUGACGGCCAGAUCACGAAGGAGGAGUUCCUGAACGAAAUGAUGAAGACUGAGAGAAAAACUGCCGUUAGAGAAGCAUUCAAGAAAAUCGACAAAAGCGGAGACGGAAAGUUACAGCGAGACGAAGUGGCGGCUGCGUUAAGGGAUAUUGGUCAUUAUACGGAGGACCAAAUCAACGAAAUGAUCAAGAAGGCGGACAAAAACGGAGACGGUGUCUUAGACUGUGAAGAAUUUGAAAAAGCUGUGUACUGAAGUAGUUUGCUUUUAUACAAUCUACUCAUUAUACCAUAGUGUUCUAAAACUUGUAGAUAUUUGUUGUAGUCAUUCAGUUGCUUUAAUAGUUUUUAUAGGUUUUAUGAAGUGCGGUUUUUCCUCCUUUGUAUUAUUUGAUAAGAUAGAACUAUUGGACGUAGAUAUUGUAUUGUUGGUAUAUCACCUACUGAAGAGUAGUGUGCCUUAAACCCUUCUAAACAGACGGGGUCACGGUGUAAAGCUUCACGUGGUCGCUGCAAUUAUUUCGUUUUUACUAUGCUCAUUCAUAUCUUGUUUAGAUUUCGGUAUUUCCAAAUUUUCAAUACAUUUGAAACAUUUCAGACUUAAUAGAUCUGGAAAAAAAAAUCCAAGUUCAUUGUACAUGAUAAAAAUGAUUUCAAAAUUAUGAAUGGAACUUUUUAUAACUUUAAAGACUAGUUUUGUAUAUUACAUAGAACUUCAGAGCUAUAACCAGUAGCAUGCGUUAUUACAUUGUACGAACUGUACAUCGAAACAUCAUUUGAUCUAGGAAAUCCGUUCGCUGGUCAACUGACGUGGAGUUUGGUUUUUUUUAUAAACACAAUGUCUUGCCUUCACCUUAAGUUAUGUUUUGUUAAUCGAAUGACUUUUCAGCUUGUUUCAAAUAAAAAUUACCACAUCUAA